AUGCGGGGAAGAUCAUAUAACCUGUCCACGGCUGAGUUGCUGGCAGUGACGGAUGGUGUGGUGGAUAGCGAUGUGGACUUCGGGCUGGGACGGACGGGAUGGUGUAGUGAUUCGGAUACGGGAGGGGCUGCUGUUUUUGCAGUUUAUGCUACCACCUCCAGAUUGGCUCCAUAUCGCACCAGGGCCAAAGCAAUGAGCCAGAGGGGUGGAGGAGGACGACUAAACUGGCCUGGCCACCCACCUAGUCGUAUUCCAUCUCCGGGCACACUUGGUACCAGCGCCACUGCACCGUACAACGCAUACUUCCACAUCUCGCUCACUCCUACGACUGAUACCAAAAACGUCUGUUAA